AUGCCUUCAACAGCUGUCAAGGAUAAAUUGUUCCACUUUGUCCUGACAGCUGUCACGACAGCAUUCUUCAUCAUGACCGCUCUAUUCGGCUCAUACUCGACGUCGGCCACCUCGAUCUCUCUGGUCGUGAAGAGAUUCAGCUCAGCGAUCGCCGUUUUGAGAAUCUUACAAAGCUUGACCUCUGCCUCAACCUCGUUUCUCCUCAACUAUACCCUCGAAGUCAUCCAGUGGACCUUGUGCAGUCGAAGAGACGGACUGCGCCUUCUGAGCUUUCUCAGCAUUUCCCCAACUACCGGCUUUCCUGUCAAAACCAAAGUCGCGACAGUCUACGAUCCUUACUACACAUUCAGUGCUACGGCUGGCGUGGGGCUGUUCAACGGAUCAUUGGCGAGGCAGAUGAUAGGUACUUUUCACGGGACCAUCACAUAUCAGGUCCUGGCCUACUCAUACAACUUUGUCACCAAUACUCAAUUCUCCGUAAGGUCGCCGCCCGUGGCAUGCUCCGGACAUUGCGACUCGUACAUCUUUCCAGGCGCACUUUGGUCCUUGCAACCUCCAUUCCCAAGGAAUGCGCCACUUGACGCCGUCGUCAAUAUUGGCGUAUCACCCGCGAUACAAUUGGACUUUAUGCGCGGUCUAGGUAUCGGUGACACAUUUUCCCCCCAGGACUGCACCGUUUACCAUGAGAACGGGGUCCGAUAUGGCUUGAUGGUGUGUUUGGCAAAGAGCAAGCUGCACCCUGAGUCAACUAUUGCUGGUUUGUUUUUAUGCUCCGAGGUCCGUGAGGGAAGUUGUAUCACGUCUCGCGUUCCAUUCAGCCUCACUACGACCCUGACGGUGUACGGUCUCAGCACUUCGACAGCUUGUUCCAGGGGGAAUAACAGCAUCCUGUCUAUUGCGGAUGUCGGAAAGCCGGCAGUGCACGAGGUCGACGUCGGCGCGCUGGGCUCAGCGCUGGAUUGGCUUCUGAACUCCACCGCACAGGGGCUGCCACCAGCGUCCUCCCUUAUUUUCUUGUUCUCGAAUGCGGCACCAGGGGCAAACUACGAUGAGUGGUCCAUCAUCACGUAUCCGUCGCUGGAGAGCAUCCUCGCCUUCCCGAUCUGGCAGUUCAGCAUCAAAGGGGGUGGUUCCACGGCAGAAUCACUUCCGCCCGAGUUCCACACCUCUGCUUCCCUGUCCAACCCCCUCGACAAGAUCGUGCUCAACCAAGCGGCCUUUCUCGUCUACCUUGUCCUCCAAACGACCGUGGUUGCCUUUCUCUGGGUGGUUUUGCUCUGGCGCUGCCUCUGGAAGUCCAGCACUCCCCAAUUGUCGGCAUAUCCCUUGAUCGACUUUUCCGCCAAACUGGACACUCAAUACAAGAUUGGAGAGUUUCGUCCAACGUGUGACCUGAAGAAGGAAGUCGCGACCGACGCGGAGAGCAAGGAAGUCAUUGACGCUUUGGUCGGGGUGAUGGUACUCGAUCGAGCUUUGGGCGAAGAGAAGCUUCUGCGAAAUCGGAUUUUGAUGAUGUAG